CAGUAGACAACAUCCGGAGGGCUGCGGGGCUGAAGGUGAGCCUGGGUGAGGAGAGCAGAGUGCUCUGCUGCAGCUGCUCCACCCGUCCCACCGCUGGUGGUGGGCAGCCAUCCUCUGCCCUUCCCACAGCAGAGCCUGCUGAGCCCAGCGGGAUCUGUCCCUCUCUGCGCUGACCCAUGGCGACGGGAAGCGGCGCACCCUGAGUUCCCUGCUGCUUCUUCUGUGCGUCGGGGGAUGCUUGGUGUAGCCAGACAGGAGCACAGCUCAGCAUGGUGAGUUGGCACUUGGUCCCUUCAGGUCCCCUGUCUGACCCUCACCUGUCCCCUCCACUGGGUGCUCCUCAGCCCCCCUGGCCGUGGGGGUCCCACAGUGCCCACCCUCCUCAUUUUGAGAGGACCCUGGGCACGCUGGCUCAUUAAUAUGCACCUCAUUCUGAUUAACUUUGAACCUGAUUGAUAGGUGCUGAAUUAAAUUUGGCUGGGGCAUGGCAUCUUGACACGUUUCUGCUAAGAGCAUGCAUGUGCCUGUCCACACGGCCUCCUUCCCCAGUCAUCCCAUCAUCCCACGUGGGCUCUCUGUCUCUGUCUCGGUCCCUUGUCCCAGCAAACAUGGUCCCACGAUUGUUCCCUGGGGGGUCCUGUAUGGAGGAUACAGCCAAGAGUCAGACUGAGACACCCCAGGGUAUCAGGAAAAGCCAUGCCCCCAAAAUGUCCUUGUCUGGGCUGUGGUGUUCCUGGAGGGAACAGUGGCAGCAGUUAGGUGUUGAGAUAAGAGGAAUGCGUAGGAAGCUCCUGAAGAAUCAGAGCUGCUUCCCCAUAGGAGAAGGAGAUGGGCAGGCUGGAGACUUGGGGUACUAGAUCCAUCAUUAGCACGGUCUUGGGUAGGAGCAGCGCUUUCCAAGGGGCUCAGUCCAUAUCUGCAGGUUGGUUGUCGCACCUCAGGUCCUGGUUGCUCAUGUGCUGGUCUCAGACUCCGAAUUGUCGGAAGGAUUUCUGGCCUCCAUGGCUGCAGACAGAGCAGAGAGCUGCUCCUGUAUGAACACAGAGAGGGGCGGGAAAAUUAAAUCAUUUAAUGGGAUUUAUUGGCACUGGGGUCCUCAGCAAAACAUAACCAUGCAAUCAAUGCACUGGGAGAGCAAAAAGGGAGAAACAGCAUCACUCAAGGUUCCUUCUUCUGUUGAGGACAGAGAAAGACCCCGGUAUUAGCAGUGCCUGCAGGACCUGGGGCAGCAGCAGCCAGCCAUGAUAUGUGAGAUGUGCUCUGGAGGCAUUUGCAAGCCAGCAAAUGGACAUCUGUGGACGCUCUCCUUACAACAAUAAUUAUUCAAAAUGUGGGUGAAACCUGAUAGCAUUAUCCUGCUGGGCUGCUCAGUACGAGCAUCACGCAUCUUCCAAUGUGAGCACAUCUGGGACGAAUUAGGGAUGGAGUAUGGGCAGAGCAGGAGCUGGAAUCACAUUAGCUCUCCCAAGAGCUGCAGAUACGUGCAGAGCUUGCAACCAAACUCCCAGCCAUGUGUAGGGAGUGAAACCCUUCCUGAGCUAACAGAAGGGAACUACACAGAGCCUCAUGCAAAAGAACAGACAGGAAUACAGAGCAGAAUAUCUAAAUGCAAACAAACAAACAAAACAAAAAAAAAAAAAAAACAUGGAGAAAAGUGUGCUGCAAAGUGCUACGAAAAUGAUCAGCCUCUGAGAAGUGUGGUGAGAGGAAUUCUUAUGCCGGAAAAUAAAAGGGAAAAAUGAAUCUGGUCUAGUGCAAAUGCAAUCCUGGAAGGAAGAGCAAGGUUUCUGCAGGAGUCUGACAUUCUAUCUCUGCAAAGUGGAGGGGAAGGCGCUCUGCAGAGUGGGGCAGGAGCACAUAGGUGAGCAGGGAGCAGGGUGCUGGGAGCUGGACAGAGUGCUGGGGCUGCAGACAGGGCAGCACGUCAGGGCUGAGGGCAAGCUUCCAACCACAAAGCUGAAUUAAAGUUAUACAGUGGCUUGAACAUAAAAACUCUCCACAAUGGAUGCUAAAAGGAGAGAAAGACACAAAAUGCCAUGACUGUGGAGGAUGAAAUCUUGGGAAGAGACUCACCAGAGGCCAUAGCAGAUGAGGAUGGCAGGAUAAGUGUGCCCUGCCCUGCCCCAUCUCUCCUGGUUCGACAGAGUAGGGGAGAGCUGCAGAUGGGAGGGAUGCAAGCACUGAGCUCUGCUUUCAUUUUUUGUUUGUUGGUCCAAUUUUUGCAAACCUGAGAUGGCACAAAAUAUGUCAGUGUCACCAGGUCUGCAUUUCUGCAACAGUGCUUGAGUGUUUCAGUACUGGGGGUAAACAGAAAAAUUGCAUCAGAAUAAACCACAAACCAGGGCAAGAGACAUGGAUGAAAGGAAUAAGGGAGGUGUCAGCCAGCACCUGGCCACUGGCACCCCAGGGUGGGCACAGGGCCCAGCACGACCCAGCCAGGGAUUACCAGCAUGGCCCAGGUAGGGAUCGUUAGAACCACUGGAGCAGCUUUGCAGCUCCAUGUGUCUGCACCAACAUGGUGCAAGCCCUGGCAUCAAGCAGCAGCUGCAGGAAAUGGGCUGGAGGCACCGGGCUCCGGGCUCAUCUCCUCUGCACCUCUCCAUAGCCAAAGCGGGAUGCAAACCUGCAAACCCAGUGUGAUAGCAUCCGCGUUGUGUGUCUUCCUGGGAGCAAGCUCUCAGCCUGCUAUGCUAUGUGAGGGCCUGGGCAGGGUUUUGGAUGAACCACUCCAGAUCAGCAUCAGUCUCACAGCAUGCACGUGUGGUGCUCAGCUAGAGCUCAGCAGGCCCAUCCCAUUCCUGCAGCACGCUGCACCCUGCGGGCACUCCCCGCCAGCUCCACGUCCUGCUUCCCCCUGCUCCGAUGAAAUAGUGGUUAACAUAAUGCACUGCAUUUCCCAUUUAUCAUAAUGAUUUCCCCGUGCUAAAGUCAUGCAGUUUCUGGGAAAAUGCAUUUCCUCCUCGAGUGGGUGAAAAUCUAAUGGAGGGGCAGGGCCCCUGAGGAAUCUUCAGGGCUGACCCCAGCACCACAAACACAGCAUCUGGCAUGAGCUGAGAUUCCUCCUGCAACCCCCCCAGCCCCAUCCGUGCCAUGGGCUGGCUGCCCCUCCAGCUCAGGCUGCUCAGGGCCCAUCCACAGCCUCGGGCACCUCCAGAGAUGGGGCACCCACAGCUCUGGGCAGCAGUGCUGGGGUCUCACUGCCUCUGGGUAAAGAAGUUCUAAGGAUGUGAACUGCCCUGGGGUAGGGGUGGGCAGUGGGACUCCUACAGCACCAUCAGCCCUCCUCCCUGAAGGAUCCAGUUGCCUAUUCUUAAAUGUCACUGCUCACAAAGGCAUGAUGCUCUUCUCUCCCUGCUGCAAGGCACAGAGCCUUCCCCAAUUUUUAACUUGGCCAAGGCCAUGCACUCAUUGAUGACAAGAUGGACAGCACUCAGUCCAUCCUCCAGCACAAGUCCUGCUCUGCUCUUCCUCUUUUGUCCACCCCAGGUCUCCUCCUCAGAUCCCACUGCCAUGGAAAAUCCCCCCCCGAGCCCUAAUGAGAGCGAGAAGUCCCCUCCAUCCAAGGAGAUGCUGACCAGCAACACGGCCAGCACCCUGUGCAUCAGCUCUCGCAGCGAGUCUGUCUGGACCAGUGCCUCCAGGAGCAAGUGGGACAUCUACCACAAGCCCGUCAUUGUCGUGUCUGUCGGAGCAGCUGUCUUCCUCUUUGGGACAGUCAUCACCAGCCUGUCGUGCCUCGAAAUCAAGAACAUCGAGGUGUACAAAAUGUGCGGCCCCGCCUUCCUGUCCAUGGGACUGAUGCUCCUUGUCUGUGGCCUCGUCUGGAUCCCCAUCAUCCGCAAGAAGCAGAAGCAGAGACAGAAGUCACAGUUCCUGCAGAGCCUCAAGUCCUUCUUCUUCAACCACUGAGCACCUCCCAGGAAGGCUCCCACCCCACUCCCCAUAUUAGCCAUAAAAAGAAACGUUCUCCUGUAUUCUCCUAGAGGAAUUUAUCCCAGUCUCUUCCCUAUAAGAAGGAACACGCUUGUACUGGUCCUAGUGUGAAAGUGAACUUUGUAUUUUGCCCAGUGAACCCCAGGAAAAAGAGAGCAGGACUUGGUGGUGAGCCCAGUGCCCCACAUCAGCCCACUGUGCAAUGCCCAACCCAAUGCAUGCUGUGCAAUGACCAACCCAACACGUGCAGGAGAAACCAGAGCUCCUGGCAGCCUCUGUUAGCAGCUUUUGCAAGGCACAGCAGUGGAGAGGAGCCAGCCCACCACAGUGUGGGUAAAGCUGCUGUGAGCACUGUACUUCACAUCUGGAAGAUGGCAGGCCCAAGGAGGUAUCGCCAGAGUCACAGAGAGGGGCAGCAGGACAGCGUGGUCUCAGAGCACUUUGCAGCAGAGGCCAUCAGGAUGGGCAACACAGGUCAUCAAGGCAUGGGAAGAUCAGACAUGGGUCCAUGGGCAGGAAUUCCCCAACGUGGAUCUGCUAUGGCUGCUGGGCAAUGUAUGGUUGUGAGCUGGAGCUCAAUCCGUGCUCAGGGUGCAGCACUCACACAAUCCCACUCGAAAUGAAAAUUCCCAGUCUGAAGAACCGCUCUCCGUCUGGAGAGCAACACCUGUGUUAAUACAAUUGGGCCCAUAAUGUUCAGCCCCUGACUCUGGGUGGGACUGAUUUUUCAGACCCAGCUCACCAUCCACAGCUUCGCACCUGGGAAGACCACAGCCCAGCGAGCCAUGGCUCAGUGCCCGGAGCCCCGAGCAGGUGAGGGCCCAGCACCAGGGGUGGGUAGGACACAGCUUGAUGCUGAUCAGAGGCAGAAGAAGGGCACAGGAGAGGAGUCCUCACCUGCACCUCCAUGCAGCAUUCCCACCCCCUCCCACAGAUCAGCCCCUUAAAGCAGUGGGAGAUUCCUGGGAACGAAGUUCGAGGAAGACACACUGGCAAAGGGGUACGGCAGCUUUGCAACACCCUGCACUGCAUUAGGACUGCAGGCAUCAGCACAGAACAACUUCCUUUUGGUUUGGGUGCCACAUCCCCCAGGAGCCGCCACCGCAGACAUGCUGGGAGCUCCAGAUAACACCAGGAUACCCACUGAAAGCUGAGGUUGGUCUACAGAUAUGGCCCAAAGCACCUACAGUCCAAAGCCUCAUGACAGCUGAGACGCUUCCCCUGGGGAUGGGGGCGAGGUUGGCAGUGCUGUAUGAUGGGGAGCAGCAGAGGCAGUUUCUGGACUGUAGCUGGCACGAGAUGCACAUGCUCGAGGAACACAUCCCACUGACUUGGCUUGGCCGUGCCCCGAGUUGUGUUUCCAUGUGGUGCACACGUGUCCCCAGCUGGUGCCAGCUGGUGAAUGGAGUGUUGGAGGUGAGUGGUCUGGCAGCAGACCCAGCAAACCUUCUCCUGCUCUUCAGCCAUUCAUCCUGCUGAGCAGUACUCUGCUGUUAUUUUCGGUGCUGGCUUGGCACCGGGCAGGUUCUCUAUUGAUUUGGCUGCAGUGGGCACAGGCUCACCCCAAGCUCCUGCCUGAGGAUGAGCUGCAGCCAGAAAAGCAGGUGAGCAGCAGGGCUGGCAAGGAAGAAAUCACAGAGAAGCACGAGGGAUGGGGACAUAAAGUGGAGUCCUGUUCUGUACAUUUCACAACCAAGGAGACAGCUGGUGAAGCUUCAAUGGGAUAAGAAGUCACUGAGAUCAGAAAUGUAACGGGAUUCCAUGCUGGUUAUUCAUAACAAGAAUAUUUGAUUUAAUUAAAGCAAAAAUAUUCCAAGGGUUUCACCUUG